AUGUCUGAAGAGGCGGAACCCAGAGUUGCGGACGAGCACGAGAAGAAGGAUGUCGGUGACGGCGCCGAAGUUGACGAAGAUGAGAUCGCAGCCAUGAAGCGGCGCGUUGCCGAGAUGGAGUCUGAAGCCGCCAAAUUACGAGAGAUGCAAAAAGACCUUGAGCACGGUCCAGGAGAGGGCAUGCGCGAGGACAGAGAAGACGUUGAUGCUCGCAGUAUCUUCGUCGGCAACGUCGACUACGGCGCCACACCAGAAGAGAUUCAGUCACAUUUCAACACCGGUCCCGGCACAAUAAACCGCGUCACGAUACUGCUGGACAAGUUCACCGGUCAUCCCAAAGGCUUCUGCUACGUGGAGUUUUCUGACCCGAGUCUCGUGGCCGAAGCACUGGUGUUGAACGAAUCGACGUUUAGAGGCCGGGUAUUGAAGGUCGUCCCAAAGCGCACCAAUCUGCCAGGUAUGAGUCGUGGAGGCCGAGGCGGACGAGGCGGUCCGCCUCGAGGGCGCGGAGGAGGGUUCGGCGGUCCUCGUGGUGGCGGCGGCUUUGGUGCUCCCAGAGGAGCGCGCGGUUCAUUCAGAGGUGGUGGUCGUGGUGCUCCGCGAGGAUAUUCACCUUAUUGA